AUGGAGGACGAGGUGACGUUCCUCUUCCAGCUUGGCGUGAUGCGAGACGCUGUUUCUGCGCCCGCGCAUCGGCUUACACUAGCUCACCUCAAAGAACUUGCCGUUAAAUUCGUGCAUGAAAAGAUUCCAGAUAAUGGCCUGAAUCGACUGUCAGACAGAAUUCUGCUAUUUCGGCACGACUACUGCUCGCCGAAUGUGCUGCAACUGAUCAACUCCUCCACAGAUGUAACUGACGAGACGCUCGUUGAAAUUGUACUUACAGCAAAUCCUACGAUAUGUGAUCACGGUACGGAACAACCUUUGUCCAGACCACACGCUUUGGCAGUGCAUUCGUAUAAAGCUCCCACAUUUUGUGACUUUUGCGGGGAAAUGCUCUUCGGUCUUGUGCGACAGGGGCUAAAGUGUGAAGGUUGCGGUCUCAACUACCACAAACGAUGCGCUGUAAAAGUACCCUCGAAUUGUGAGUCUCCCGUAACGGGGACGGGGUCAGGAGCGCCCGCUGCGGGGGCGGGUGCGUCUUCGCGACGUCAGUCCGGUGCCCCCCGCAGCCCUUCGCGAACGUCUGCGCAUAGUCAUACCUCGCACGAAGACUCGCUGUUGGGGAGCACAAGCAAGCGAUCAACGAACACAUGGCCGACAGCCAGCUCACUGGGCAUCCCGCACACAUUCCAAGUGCACUCCUAUACUCGUCCCACGGUGUGUCGACUCUGCAAGAAGCUCUUGCGAGGUCUCUUCAAGCAGGGUUUACAAUGCAGGGAUUGCCAUUACAACGCUCAUCGGAAGUGUCUUUCGUUCGUGCCCAAGGACUGCGGUGGCGAGAUACGGGAUCUACACGGAGAGUUUCAAGACAACUGUAGCACAAGUAGCGAGGUCUCUGAUGGUUCCCGCGCCCCAUUGGAUGACGAAUCAGACGAAGGAGACACAAAUAAUUGUGAAAAUGACGAGCCCGUGCAGCUACGGCGAAGCGAAACAGAAGCUGAAGAAGAACCACAACGCGAUACUUCGCCUAGUAGACCUAGCAGUUCAUCAUCAUCACCUAGCGCGAACAUUCCGUUGAUGCGUAUCGUACAAUCGGUGAAGCACACAAAGAAGCGGGAGGGUCAAUGGCUGAAGCAGGGCUGGCUUGUGCACUUUACUAACAAGGAUACUACCCUUCGCCGUCACUACUGGCGAAUGGACAGCAAAUGCAUAACGUUAUUUACUUCGGAACAUGGCACCAAGUACUACAAGGAAAUACCUCUGAACGAGAUAUUGGCUAUUGACACAGCGAGACAGCCACACUCGGAGGUCAUGCACUGUUUUGAACUGCGUACUGCCAACGUGGACUAUUUGGUGGGUGCAGAGGAAGCUGGUUGCUCGCCACCGGAAUCAGGUUUAGGGGCGUACCUCGCUCGCUCUUGGGAGACUGCCAUCAGACAUGCGCUGCUACCACUUAAUCUAAACGUAUCACGAACCGGUGAAGGUCAAGCAAGCAAGAGCGAGCAGCGUGCAGAAGGUGGAAGAGUGGAAAUGUCGCAGCUGUACCAGAUACACCCAGACGAAGUCCUGGGCUCAGGACAAUUUGGCAUCGUAUACGCGGGUUUGCAUCGAGAUACACAACGGCCUGUUGCUAUCAAGGUAAUUGAUAAACUUCGUUUUCCAACGAAACAAGAGGCGCAGCUAAAGAAUGAAGUAGCAAUACUACAGAACUUGUCUCAUCCUGGAGUCGUAAACCUGGAGAGAAUGUUCGAGACGCCGGAGAGAAUUUUCGUGGUCAUGGAACGGUUGAAAGGGGAUAUGCUGGAGAUGAUCCUGUCACACGAAAGGGGAAGACUGCCCGAGAGGAUCACCAAAUUUGUGGUUGCUCAGAUUUUAGUCGCCCUGAAACAUUUACACGAGAAGAACAUAGUGCACUGUGACUUGAAGCCAGAGAAUGUUCUACUUUCCUCAGAUGAACAGUUCCCUCAAGUGAAGCUUUGCGAUUUUGGAUUCGCUAGGAUUAUUGGGGAGAAAUGCUUCCGACGGUCUGUUGUCGGUACACCAGCGUACCUGGCUCCUGAAGUACUCCGCAACGCCGGUUACAACCGAUCCUUGGACAUGUGGUCUGUGGGCGUCAUUAUCUAUGUAUCUCUAUCCGGAACGUUUCCCUUCAAUGAAGACGAAGAUAUAAACGAACAAAUUCAGAAUGCGGCUUUCAUGUACCCACCAACACCGUGGAGGGAGAUUUCGCCUGAAGCCAUUGACCUUAUUAACAAUCUGCUUCAAGUGAAGCAACGCAAGCGAUUGUCGGUAGACAAAUGCGCGGCACACGCUUGGCUCCAGACCCCGGAGGCGUGGGCGGAUCUAAGAGCCUUGGAGCAACUCGUCGGACAACGGUACCUCACCCACCCCAGCGAUGACGCGAGAUAUGCAGACCGCUGA